AUGGCUAAAUCUCCAAGAGAUUAUGCCCAUUGGACACUUCCCUCAUCUGGAUGGGUCAAAGUCAAUUUUGAUGGCGCAUCCAAAGAAAAUUCAGGGUUGACUGGGUGUGGGGGAGUGAUUAGGGAUAAAAAUGGUAGGUUUUUGGCUAUGGUGGCACUCCCCUUGGGAUGUCAAACUAACCACCUUGUUGAAGUUAUAGUCGCCUAUCAAGGGUUAUUGUUGGCCAAAAUAAAUACUGCAAAGUCAGUAUGGCUGGAAGGGGACUCUAAUAAUAUCAUCCAAUGUCUAUUGGGUAAUCAUAAACCCUCAUGGAAUAUAAAAUGGUGGAUUGAGAAAGCCAGGAUGUUUAAAUGGGCCUUUCAUGAAAUUAAAGAUAUCAAUAUGAAAAUUCAAGCAAUUAGCAAUAAACGAGAUUCUCAAGCUACAGAACAUCAGAUGGUUGAUCAAAGAAAGGCAAUUGUGGAUUCAAUGCAGAAGAUUGUGGGAACGAUUAGUGAUAUGAAGAAAGAGUAUGACUACAGGAUUUCUCAGCUAGAGGAGAAACUCAAGAAAGACUUUGAAGGUAGACUGAGUAAUAUGGAGAAUAAAUACUAG